CGUAUGUUUUGCUGCAGUUUCAGAAUAUACUCUGCAAACAAGAGCAAAAGAGAUGGUAAGGGAAAGCUCAGAUUCAGAGUCUGAUUCAAGGUCAGAUUCUGAAUCAAGCAGUUCAAGUUCACAGAGUCCAAGAGACAGAAGGAAUGGGAAAACUGACCAAAGGCAUAGUUCGAGAAGUAGAUCUAGAGAAAGACACUACAGAUCCAAUUCCAGAGAAAAGAAUCGCAAGUAUGAUUCCCCUGACCGAAAGAAACUCCGUAGUAGUUCAAGAUCUCCUGUUAGGAGAAAAAGGUCAUUGUCUAAGUCCCCUGUGCGUAAGAGACGGUCAAUGUCAAGGUCUCCUAAAAGAAGGAGGUCAAGGACACCAGUAAAAAGGAAAUAUUCUAGAUCAAGAUCACCCAGAAACAGAAAAAAUUCUGGAUCAAGAUCACCAGUGAGGAAAAGACAGUCAAGGUCACCAGUGAGAAAGAGCAAUUAUAGAUCACCCGUGAGCAAGAGUCAAUCAAGAUCACCAGUGAGCAAGAGACGCUCAAGAUCACCAGUGAGCAAGAGACGCUCAAGAUCACCAGUGAGCAAGAGACAUUCAAGAUCACCAGUGAGCAAGAAACGCUCAAGAUCACCAGUGAGCAAGAGACACUCAAGAUCACCAGCGAGCAAGAGACACUCAAGAUCACCAGUGAGCAAGAGACGCUCAAGAUCACCAGUAAGCAAAAGAAGAUCCCCAGUAAACAAGAGACGCUCAAGAUCACCAGUUAGCAAAAGACAGUCAAGAUCACCAGUGAACAAGAGGCGGUCGAGAUCACCAAAGAGCAAAAGAAGGUCAAGAUCCUCAGUGAGCAAGAAUCUGUCAAGAUCACCAGUAAGCAAGAGACGAUCAAGAUCUAGCUCACCUAUGAAAAGGAAGAAAUCUAUGUCAAGGUCUCCAGUUAACAAUAGACUAAUGAACAUUGCCAUGAAUUCAGAAAGGUCAAGAUCCCCUGUACCUUUUAAACAGGAAAGAACUGACAGAGAGAAUGGAUUUUCUUCUGGGAAUGACUUUCCACAAGACCCCAAGAAAAGUCAGUGGCACCAACAUGGACACCAAAGAAGACAGUUACCAGAGUCCUUGGAAUUCUUGGAAAGGAGAAGGCGUGAAAGAGAAAAGAUCGGAGAAGUGGGCGCGUUAGAGGUGUGGGGGAGAUCUCCGUCACCCGACCACGUGGACCAUGUUUGGCUGGCAGCAGAGACUGAUAAUAAAAAGGGAAAUUCUGAAUCUGAAUCUGAAACAGAGUCAUCGGAGGAGGAGAAAAAGAAGAAGAAAAAGAGAAAAAAGGAUAAAAAGAACAAGAAACACAAAAAGAAAAGUAAAAAAUCUAAGAAAGCUAAAAAGACCAGAACCAAAAAGAAGAAAAAGAAGAAGGAGGAGACUGAGUCAGAAUCUGAGGACAGUGACACUGAUAUGGAAGAGUGGGUGGAGAAGAAAAUUGGCUCUGGUAAGAAGAAACCAGAAGAAGAAGAUGUGGUUGGGCCCAUCUUGGAUGGAGGGGACGGGUCGGGACAGGCUAAAUUAGAUUUUGGCCGAGCUCUUUUGCCAGGAGAGGGUGCUGCCAUGGCAGCUUACAUAGCAGAAGGCAAGAGGAUCCCAAGAAGAGGUGAAAUUGGUCUGACUCCAGACGAGAUUGACAAGUUUGAAGAUUCUGGAUAUGUCAUGAGUGGGAGCAGGCAUCGUCGUAUGGAAGCCGUCCGUCUCCGUAAGGAAAACCAGAUAUACAGCGCAGAUGAAAAGCGUGCCCUGGCCAACUUUAACCAUGCAGAGCGAUCCAAGCGUGAAGGAAGAAUACUGUCACAAUUCAAAGAACUGGUCAAGAAGAAGACAAGCUGAUAGAACUGAACAAUAUGGACUAAGUUUAUAUUUGUUCAGGACCAAAUACGUUGUUAAAGCUGAUGUAUAUAUAUUCUGGACUAAUUCCUGAUGUUGAUAAUUGAAACUUAUAAAAUUAUUGUGGUUUUAUGGCUUCUGCUUUGGGAUAAAUAAGAGCAUUAUAAAAGAUAGUUUCCUCGACACAUCAGUCGGAUAAAAACUUAUUCACCAAGGAUUGACUGUUUCAAUGAAGUUGAGCUCAAAUAAAUAAAGUAAUAAAUAUAAUUA